AUGGAAAAGUUUGAUAGACAGCUGCGGAUUUGGGGAAACCACGGACAGCAUUUCCUUGAGACAAGUAAUGUAUGUGUGGUCGGGUCGUCAGCUUUAGCAUGCGAAAUUUUGAAGAAUCUGGCACUACCGGGCGUGAAGUGCUUCACCAUGAUCCUCAGCGAAGCCGACGAACCUCAACUGGACGAAUUUUGGGAUAUGAGUGCUUGGAAUGUUACUAAAGUCAGCUGGGAUGCAGUCCAGAUGAGCUCUUACUCGUUCUGGGAGAAGUUCGCACUCGUCAUAGACACCACCGGACACAAUGGCUAUUUGAAAACGCUCAAAGAAAUUAGGAAACCGCCUGUCCUUUUAUGCCAAAUGUUGAAAAAUAACGGUUUUGUGUCCUUCCUUUCUCCGGAACCUCAUUUUGUUGUUGAAUCUCACCAAAAACACCGUGUUCCUGAUCUACGCUUAACAGAAUCUCGCGACGAUCUAUCUCGUUUUUACACGAAGCUGCUCGAGAACGCGCCAGACUUAGCAGACUAUCCCUUUGCUGCUAUACUGUACCAGGCUCGUGAGAAUGUGGAGAGAAAAUAUCCAUUUCACAGCAUUAGCCGAGAAGAACUCAAACGCCAGAUUAUUUACUUACAAGAAAACACUUCGCAAGGCUUUCAAUCGCCGAGUUUCUCUGAAGCUUUACGAUUUGUGCAUCUCGCCCUGCCAGGAUUUGAACCCCUACCCGAAAAUGUCAAGCAAUGCCUUCUGCUGAGCGACAAGUCGUGCGAAACUCCUUUUAAUCGAGGCGCCCAAACCCUGCUUCGAGCUUUGGACUCAUUUUUGAAAACGCCGCACAGUAGAGGUCAACUGCCAAUCUCUGGCGUUGUUCCAGAUAUGGAAACAAGCUCCGAAUUAUACACCGCCCUUCGAGGAGCCUACUCAGCAGCCGCUGAACGUGAUGUCAAGAUUUUCUACGAUCUGGUCUGUCGAUCAGACCCACAAAUUCGAUUAGAAGAAAUCAGGCUCUUUUGCAAAAACUGCCGUUACAUAAAAGCAGUCGAACCAGUUCAAGACUUGUCCAAGCUUGAGGCUUAUUUAAAUGAAGGCGAUGGUGUUUCUAUAUCAAUUUUCAAGAGCAUUUUUGAUUCCUGUUCCACCAAAAGGAUGAGCCCGAAUGAAGUAAGAAGAUACUAUCCGUGCAUAUCAUUCAUGGCCGGCAUUGCAGCUCAAGAAGCGAUAAAAAUAAUAACCCACCAAUUUGUACCUCUCGAAAACACGCUAUUGUAUGAAGGUGAUUCUGGAGAAGUCAAAACAUUUAAAGUCUGA